UGGCGUUGUCUGGCAGUGUGUAGGACCCCGGCUUGUGUGUCAAAUUGUUCCAAUACGAUGGCGAAGUAUCGAAGCACUGGUGCGGUACAUCUGACCAGUCUGUAAAGAAAUAAUCUGUAGAAGAAUGUAGUCAAACAUUCAAAGGAAAUAAUAUCGAUGAAUUAUCCGCAGAGCAAUGUUUCUUUGCAUGAGGAAUUGGUCAAAACAUCAAUUUUGAACGAGGCAAGAGCUCUCCAGUAUUCAUGCCAGAAUGUGAGACCUCACAGAAAUGACAGUGAUUUGGAAUGGUACCACUGAAGUGAGACCCUUCCCUUGAAGUGAACAUGCUGAAGACUGAGGCCUCGGCGGAGAGGACCACUCUUCGCAGUGCUUCCCCACACCGGAAUGCCUACAGGGCAGAAUUCCAGGCACUGAAAAAGGCCUUCGACCAGCCCCGUCAGGAUGACGACCCGUCCAAGCAUAAGGACCCCGAGCGGAUCCGGCAGCCCCGCGGCCGGCAGUAUGGUGGCCACGUCAGCCGUAUCAAGGACAUGUUCAUGCAGCUGGGCACAGAGGGCGCCAGUGCCACCAAAAGCCCGAGGGGCGAUACGUCCCCGCAGAAGCUCACCAAGCCCACCAACUUUGUCAACCGGACCGACGGGUCGGUGAUUAAGCUCCAGCAUGGCACAAUGGAGCGCUCCGGGAGCAAUUCCAAGUUCUCGGAGACCAGGAAGUUGUUUGAGCAGCACUCCCGUGGCGCGUCCCAGUCUCCCGUCUCCUCCUUCAGCCGGGACAAGCGAGGCUCCCACGAGAACCUGGACGACUGGAGAGGGCCGCGUUCAAACCGGGGCAGCACUGACUCGCUGGACUCCCUGUGUUCGCGGACCGAGGCCUCGUCCCCUACGGUGAGCCAGCUGAGCGCCGUGUUCGAGAGCGCCGAACGCGGGCAGCACGGGCCAGCCUCGCUGCUCCGCCGGAGCCACAGCGCAGGCCGGGCACUCUGCUCACCAGACAGCCACCACCACCACCACGGGGACCUGAGUGAGGACGACAGCAGCCUGCGCCAGUCACCGGUGCGCGGGGUCUACAGGACCCGGAUCGGAGGAGGUAAGCUGCCCGUGUCGUCGUCCUCCGAAGAUCUGCUCAGCCCGAGCCCGUUAGCAGAGGUGGUGGAGCAGAGGAGGCAGGAAAGGGAGAGGAAGCUCGGGCGAAAGAUCGAAGAGAUAGCCAAGGAUGAAGAGGAUGACCAGAAGGGCCCGACGAGCUCGGAAGAGGUGGACGGAGUAUCGGAUGAGAAACAGGAUGGCCAGACUCCCAGUGCAAACGAUGUCUGUGCAGACUCCUCUCAGCUGAGCAAGACUGACGUCAACAAGAGUCUCCAGGAAACUCCUGAAAGUGCUGACACAAAGCCACUGGAUGAUGCCAUAGAGAACCACGAGGACGAAAAGAAGGCACCGCGGAUUUCAGCAGAGGAUCUGGCAGAAGAACCCGAUGAGGAAUACUGCGGCAACGAGAGGGUGAUUUUCAACGCGGAUGGAGACGCCUGCUACCAGGGCUGGGGCGAGAGUUGCACGGAUGAGGAUGGUGACGACGACGUGAUCUACGACCCAGGGUCAGAGGUCACGGAAAUCCAGGGCCUUCCUGAGGAGCAGGAGGACGACGUGCCUCAGGGGAGAAAGAUUCGAUUCAGCUCUGCUCCCAUGACAGUUUUUAAUACCUACUCAAAUGAGGAUUAUGAUCGCAGGAACGAGGAGGUGGAUCCGGUGGCAUCCUCGGCCGAGUACGAGCUCGAGAAGAGGGUCGAAAAGCUGGAGCUUUUCCCCGUGGAGCUGGAGAAAGAUGAUGACGGCCUGGGCAUCAGCAUCAUUGGCAUGGGCGUGGGUGCCGACGCCGGGCUCGAGAAGCUGGGCAUCUUUGUCAAGACCGUCAUCAAGGGCGGAGCUGCUGAGAGGGACGGCAGGAUCAAGGUGAAUGAUCAGAUAGUGGAGGUGGAUGGCACCAGCCUGGUGGGAGUCACCCAGAGCUUUGCAGCUUCGGUCCUGAGGAAUACUCAUGGCGUAGUGAAGUUCAUGAUUGGCCGGGAGCGGCCGGGCCAGGAGAGCGAGGUGGCACAGCUGAUCAGCCAGACGCUGGAGCAGGAGCGGCGCCAGCGGGAGAUGAUGGAGCAGCAGUACGCCCAAUACGAUGCUGACGACGACGAGACGGGGGAGUACGCCACCGACGAGGAAGAGGACGAGGUGGGGCCGGCCGUCACUAGCGGCGAGAUGACCAUCGAGGUGUUUGACCUUCCCGAGACUGAGGACGUCAUCUCGCCCUCCGACCUGGAUGCCACCAAACUGUAUCAGAAAUUCCGAGAGCUGCAGAUAAAGCACACAGUCACAGAGGCCGAGAUUCAGAAACUCAAAAGCAAGCUCCAGGCGGUUGAGAAGGAGAAGCAGCGCUGGGAGCGGGAGAAGACGCAGCUGAAGCAGAGCAUCGAGGACAACAAGGAGAGGAUGCUCAAGCUGGAGAGCUACUGGAUCGAGGCGCAGACGUUGUGCCACACCGUCAACGAGCACCUCAAGGAGGCCCAGAGCCAGUACCAGACCCUGGAGAAGAAGUACAACAAGGCCAAGAAGCUCAUCAAAGACUUCCAGCAGAAGGAGGUGGAGUAUGCCCAGAAGGAGGAAGCGGAGAAGAAGAGGCUGGAGGAGGUGGAGAAAGCUCAUCUGGCCGAGAUCCAGGGCCUGCACGUCCGGAUCACCACCCUGGAGUCCGAGCUGAUGCAACUGAUGAAACAAAAUGGCAUCCAGGUGAACAACAACAACAACAGUGCGGAGAGCCGGGCCCAGCUGUCGGAGAGGCUGGCCGCCCUGCAGUUGUCCUCGAGGGCAGAAGCAGGGGCAGGGGCAGAGUCAGACGUGAGUCAGGGUGGUCUGACGACGGAGUGUCUAGACGGAGAGGCUGGGAAAUGGCGUGGCCAGUCGUCUGUCGGCCGAGGGGCAGCCAGAGGCCUGCUCCGAGACAGCUCCACAGAGGGAGAGGACAGCCUGGAGAGGAAGACCAAGCUCUCCUCCGUGCCCUCGGCCCUGAGGACAGGCUCGCCGUUUUCAGACUCGGGAGCCUCGGAGAGUGGAACUCCCAAAGCCCCAGGAAGCGUGGAGGCCUCCCCCCUCCACCAGAGGCUUCAGGGUGCAGUGGACAGUGAAGGUUCCCCUGUAGUUUCCAGCCCCUCUCUCAGUCAAGAGGACAAACCUAACACAAGGUCUUCUCUGCGAGGGAGCAGAGGACUAGACAGCUCAGUGGAGAACAGCCCUGAGAAACUGAAGAGCAAGGGCUCGGCGCUAAAUGAUGACCUCAGCGGGAGCAGCAGUGGUUCAGUGGAGGUCAGUGGACUGCUGGCAGAGUCCAGGUUCUCUGGGCGCUCGCACACACAUGUGCUUUCCUCAGAUGAGAGUCUGGACAUGAUUGAUGAUGAGGUUCUGGAUGACGGGCAGCCGCCGAAGCAGCACCACUGGCAGAACCAGAUCAUCCCCGACUGGACCUGCCAGCAGGUGGGGCGCUGGCUGACGGGCCUGGGCCUGGAGAAGUACAUCCCAGAAUUCACUGCCAAGAACGUGGACGGAGAACAGCUGCUGCUACUGGACAGCGCUGCCCUGAAGGAUCUGGGCGUGGACUCUCCGUCGGACCGUGGCCUGAUCAAGAAGAAGCUGAAGGACCUGAAGGCCAUGAUGGAGAAGGCGCGGCGCAACCGCGACAAGCUGGAGAAGCAGCGCGAGAAGCUGCGCAAGAAGGAGCUGGAGCAGCUGCAGAAGCAGACCCGCAAGUCCAGCAGGAGCUCAUCCGACCCACCAGGGGGCGCCACAGACUAAUGGCACCCCUGGGAGCGCAGAGAGCAAGAAACGCCGCACUCCUGCAAUUGGAUUUUUAUUAGGGCUCUGUUUUCCAUGUGAUCCACCAACAGUCAUAUGUGGGUGAAAGCUAAACUGGAAUGGAGACCUAUUUCUGGACCUAUUUCUCUAUCCCUUCCUACAUGCGAGAAAACUUGCUUCACCCCCAGCUGGAGGCAUCGAUUUUGGGGGUGCUUGUACACACUAAACAGGGCUUCCUUGUCUGGAUAAUAAAGCCAGAUCGUCAUUGCAGGAUACUGUAGUUGCUAGCGAGCUGACACCUGUCUAAAUGAGAAACCAAACAGAAUCAGGACUACAUUUCCAGUAGUAAAAAAUGCUCUUUUUUCCCUUUUUCCUUCCUCUCUUGAUCAGUCCUCUCAUGUACUGUAGCGCUUACAACCAUGUUGAAAAAGAUUUGUCUAAUUUAUUUUGCUUUUUAAAUUAAUGUCUAUUUAUUUGUAGUUAGGGCACCUGUUAAAAAAAACAACUUCAUCUUCAAACAUCAUAUCAGGUUGAAAUCUACCUGUAUCAGUUGUCUAUUAGAUUAAUCUCAAGCACCUUUUAGACAUACUGACUGUACAUAUACAGAAAAAAAGUAAUAUAUACUGUAUACAAUAUGUAUAAAUAAUGUCUAACGUGCCAUUUUCUACUAUAACACAGGUAUACAUCUUGUGCUGACCAAUGGUUUUCUGAAGUCCUUAAUGAAGUUUUUGUACAGAGCACGCAAAGGUUUAAGUAUUAGUAAACCGGUGGACCACAUUGUGCGUCUAUUGAUUGAAGCCAUUCAUCUAACGUGAUUUAGUGCGUCUGAGGUGGAGGCUGAUUUUGCUGCUUCACUGAAUCGAACUGGAGACCUUGUCACACUUGAUUUCAAGUCAGCUCAACUAAGGACUGGUCCUGCAAGGGCAUCUGAAUGUCGAAGGUGCACUUAAGGGGCCAAAAGGACGGUUGAUUUUGCAAACCAUGGUUCCGUGUUGGAGGGUCUUUCUGCCUCGUUCUCCAUAGAAAACAUCUGAGUUUGAUGUAAAGAUGAUGUGAACAACCUCUGCUAAAUGCACCUACAUAGCUCCUCUGUUCCAAGUUCCACUGCUAAGGAAUAUCUGGAUGUACCAAGCUGGACUUCAGCAUAAGAAAAUACAGAACUUUAAGAACAAAAAGAAAACAUAAGAAAAACAAAAAUCUUCCAUGAAUGACCUGUGCUGCUUCAACUUCAUUGCUACCUGCCUACUGUACCAUUGUCCCUGACAUGUCUCUCAAACUCUGUUAGACCCAAGUGCUGCCUUUUUUUAAAACAAAAAAAAGAAGAAAAGAUCUACUGUAGAGAUUUUACUUGAACCUAGCCAUGUCCCUCAGAGCGCGAGAAUAUCCUCAUAGGUUGCUCCUAAUGUUUUACCCAUACAGAGCAGUCCACAAACGUGCACUUACUACUUACACAACGCGUGUAUAUAGUCCUCAUAGUGAUUACACACUUGUUGGACAGACUCAACAAGAUUUAUUUAGAAAAUAAUCUAAUUCCUCAUCAACAUUGUUGUGCUUUGUUCCAUGUCACUCACAUUGCAAGGCUCCUACAGUGACAGUCACACACACACACACACACACACACACACACACACACACACAUACACAAACUUAAUAAUAACACAGAUAGUAAGUAACACAUUCAAAGGAGGAAAACAAGAUUUUUUAUUACAGAUAUUCUACACACUGGAAUGACCUAUAACUGACAUUGUUCAUCUAUUGUAGACUAUAGUUUAUUAAUAUGUACAUAAUACUACAAUAUAUUCAAAUAUACUGUAUUAUGCAGAAUGGGUACAUGUAAAAUGCAGUCCCCGUUUUUACUUUUCAAGUAAUAUUAAUUCAUCUGUUCUCACUUUUUAUUCAAGGAUUCAGAGGUUUUAAAUUGGUGGUAUAUAUUUCUAGACUUUUUUUGUAUAUUAGCCUUCACUUUUGAGUAACAAAGAGGACAUUUCAAAAUUGUAUGUCACGCCCUUUCUCAUAUUUAGUAUGUUUACUGUAUGGACUCUCCAUACCUUAUUGUAUGUUAAAUCCAUAGUAGACAGACCUAAUCAGAGAGUUGGUGUCAUUGUGAUCCUUUAGUGAUCAAACUAGUCCCUCAAAAGGCCUAAAUCUCAAUUAUUAUUUAUUAUUGUCAGUAAUUUAUGUUAGAUUUAUGCUCAAGUUUUAAAAUCAGUUUAUUAGUGUAUAAUGUUAUUUUUCUGUCAUAAUAAUGUUAUGCCAAAAAAUUAUUUCAUUGUUGAUAUUUUCAGUAUAUAUAAUUGUGAUAAUUAGCUAAGAAACAUGAAAAGGUUUCACAUCAACCCCAAUGUGAGAUUAGAAAGGAUAUCUGUGAUUACAGUAGGGAAGGACAGUAAAAGCACCCUAUCCCUAGUUCAAAACUGUGACUCCAAUUUACUUAUGCUAACUCCCAGAGACCCAGAAAGCCCUUCACUGUACUUAACACACAUGUUAAUCUCUAGCACUAUGUACAUCACGGAGAGAGAACACUAGUAGAGUAUUAACCCUGGAUUUCCUCCAGUCUUUUUCUACUCCAUGCAGUUUACAGCAAUACUGUCCCUAUCCUGUAUAAGCCAGUUGUGUUUUUUUCUACUGCAUACCUGAGAUGUGUGAGUAUGUGUGCGUGUAUGUUUAUGUAUACAAACUGGUGAGAUGAAAUUGGGCUUAGGAGGUUGCUGGUGUUGUCCAAGAAUGUUUCUUGUGGGGAUAAUCAAUGGUACUGAGCAGGGUUUUGAAUGAGGGUCAGUUACUGACCAUGUUGCAGAGAUCUACAAUACUGUACAAAGCAGUAGGCAUAUUUGUCAUUUAUUUUAGUUUCUCUUUUUUGCAUUCUCUUACAUUACUAAGGCAUCAGAAUGGCAGCUGAUCGUUUAUCUUUUUUCACUCUUUUAUUUCUUUCUAUUUUGAUUUUGCUUGUUUAUCGUUGUUAUUUACCCUGAUGGAGUAAUUCCUAUGACUCAGUGGGAAGUAUUUGGAGUCAGGCUGUGCGCUCUGAUGCGCACCUAAGCAUGUCGUGCAACUGUAAACAUUGCCAGACGAGACGGUCUGUCGAAAAGUACGAUUUUUUUCCGUAAUUGUCUCACCUGCAUGAAGGAAUCCCGGGUGCCAUGUUUGCCCUGGCUGUACUCCAGAGCCAUGUCCAGUCCAACCCCACUCCCCCCCACCCCACACCUCUCUCCUCCCUCGUUUUUCUGUUUUGUGAACGUGAGGCAGAGCUCCCCCAUGCGAGGCCACUGCCUUAUGUUGCUGUGUAUAUACACCUCCUCCAGAUGACAUUGCAGUCAAAGAAAAACAAUGAAAAUUCCAGAAACAA